GCGCUCAACGUGACAGCUCAGCUGCUGCAGGAGCGUUCCGUGUGGAAGCUCCGCCUAGCGAGUUGCGACAACUUCCGGUCAGCAAAGCGAUGGAACCCGGCGGACAGGAUAUCAACCUUAACUCUCCUAACAAAGGUUUACUGUCAGACACCAUGACCGACGUUCCAGUGGAUCAGACAGGAUGUCGAGUGCCAGCAGACGCCGCAGGGGCAGGGCUACCCGAGGGCCUGACAGAAGCUGAAGUCGAGGAGCUGCAAGCCGAUCUAGCCAAGGUAGAGGAGGAAAUCCAAACCCUGCGUCAGGUUCUGGCCGCCAAGGAGCGCUAUUCAGCGGAGAUCAAGCGAAAGUUGGGGCAGACCCCACUCAACCAGCUAAAGGCGAACCUGUCUAAGGGCCUGCAUGACGUGCAAAUGUCCAACGCUUAUGUAAAAACCUCAGAGAAACUCGGAGAGUGGAACGAGAAAGUGACUCAGUCUGACGUAUACAAGAAGACUCAAGAAACCUUGUCAACCGCCGGACAGAAAACUACCGCAGCGCUUUCUAAUGUUGGCUCCGUCAUUUCCCGGAAGCUGGGGGAUAUGAGGGCCCUUCCUUUCUCUCAGUCUUUUAGCAGUUACUCAAUCCGUCACUCCAUAAGCAUGCCUGCAAUGAGGAACUCCGCCACCUUCAAAUCCUUCGAAGAGCGUGUAGUGGGUGGAAAGCCCAGGGGGUCAACCGACAGCACUGAAGAGAACGGAAGCCAGAGAUUACACUCACCGGACAAGUCACAGGAUUCCGCCCCAUUCUAGGCCUCCCUUCUCUCACCCCCCCCCCUCUUCCUUUUUAAUUUUUGUUUCCUUUUUUCUUGUCUUGUAACGACAUCAUCAUCUCACAGCUCAGCCGGGCUGCCCAAAAAAAAAAAAAAGAUAAAUAUCAAAAACAAAACACUAAUUUCCUCCAAGUUUGUGAUGUCCCGUGAUUUCCAGAAAUUUGAACAUUCCCUGUUAAGACCCCACCCCCUUUUUUUCAAAACUGGAGGCUAUAGGCUGAGACACUCUCAUUGUCCUGCCUGAUUAGCCCUUAGGGAAAGGGGGAGGGAUUUCCUGCUGGUGAUGGUGGUUCUUGAUUGCGAUACUGGGAAGUGAAGGAAUGAACUCAGUGUGGUGGUUUUAAAGUUUUAUUGCAUUUGCAGCAAAGGAGUAAAGUGUUGUCCCCGGAGAUAGUUGUGUUAUAAGCACAGGGGGGAACCCUUGUCUGAGUCAGAAAGUGUAAAUAUAUUCACAGCCUCUAGAGGGAGCUCUUUCAGUUAUUCUGGGUGUGUUGGCUGUCAUCUGUCUUCUCUGUUGAAGGAGACCUGUCAUG